AUGUCAGAAGCACCAAAUCCACACUUCUUUUCUCGCUCGGUCGAAGACUUUGGUGGGAAAAUAUCUUUUAUUAUCACUGAUUUAAUUGAAGAGUUGCAACAUAGAAAUGCCAAGUCGAAUUCCGGUAUUUUCAGAUUAAAUGGUGGCAACAAGAAACAAACAGAAAUUUCGCAGUUACUUGACAAUGGAAGAAUUAAAGAAUACAAUCAAAUGUGGGAUAAUAACACAGUUGCUUGCACACUUAAAAAGCAUUUUCGUGAUAUGACAGAAAGGGGUGAUCCUCUGUUUCCGAAUAUUGUAUUCGAUAAACUCUCCCCUCUUAUAGCAUCUAAUAAGAUAGAUAAUGACCAAUUCAUUGCAGAAACUCAAAAGGUCUUUGCAACCUUUAGCCCACCAAGAUAUUACUCAAUUGUUCAUUUUAUCAAGUACUUAGUAGAAGUUGCAGACGAAUCAGAAUCAAACAAGAUGACCCCAUCUAAUCUUGCAAUUUGUAUUUCGCCAAACAUUUUCACAACACCUAACCUUAAUAACAAGGAAAUAUUAGCUCUUAAUGACUCCCAGAAUAAAAUUUUUGCCAAGAUGAUUGAACUUGGCCAUCAACUCUUUGAUUCCGUAAAAGUUCCAAAAGAAUUAAUCUUAGAGGAUAAUGAAAUACCAAAGCUUUUAGCUAGAACAAUGGAUUCCAAAGAAAGUAAAUCUUUUCUUGAUUGGCGCCAGAUGCGUAGGAAAUCUUUAAUCCCAUUUGUUCCUAUAGAUCUUGCUACAGUCCCUGGCUUCGAAAUCCCAUCUACUCCAUAUCAACCAAAGAAAUAA